CCAAACCCUUAUUCUCCUAUUACUCUUCAAAUUCAAAGCUUUGCCGCACUAAGCUUUGGCCGAGACUAAAGGAAGCCUUGCGGAACCCUAGAUCUCGCUGCAACACCUUCUAUAAUUCAAGAUGGUGUCUGAUGCGAGUAAAAAGAAGGCGGCUCAGAAGAAGGCUGCCGCCGCUGCUAAAAGAGGGGGUAAGGCCACCGCAUCCAAGGUGGCUGCGCCAGAAAACGGUAGCAGCAAGGUUGAUAGUCUGGCCAAUGGAGUUGGGGAUCUUCACAUAUCUGAUCGGACGUGUACCGGCGUUCUCUGCUCCCAUCCUUUGUCAAGAGAUAUUCGGAUAGAAUCACUUUCCCUGACUUUCCAUGGCCAUGAUCUUAUUGUUGACUCUGAACUGGAAUUGAAUUAUGGCAGACGUUAUGGAUUGCUUGGUUUGAAUGGUUGCGGAAAAUCUACUCUUCUUGCUUCGAUAGGUGCCCGUGAGCUUCCUAUUCCAGAGCACAUGGAUAUUUAUCACCUUUCUAGAGAAAUUGAAGCUUCUGAUAUGUCCUCACUUCAGGCCGUCAUAAGUUGUGACGAGGUGCGCCUGAAAUUGGAGAAAGAAGUUGAAAUAUUGUCUGCCAAGGAUGAUGGUGGUGGAGAGGCCCUUGAACUCAUUUAUGAACGGUUGGAUGCUUUGGAUGCAGCCACUGCUGAAAAGCGAGCUGCUGAGAUUUUAUUUGGUCUUGGCUUUACCAAGCAAAUGCAAGAGAAGAAGACACGUGACUUUUCUGGAGGCUGGAGGAUGAGGAUUGCUCUAGCAAGAGCUCUUUUCAUGAACCCAACCAUAUUGCUGCUUGAUGAACCAACAAAUCAUCUAGAUUUGGAGGCAUGUGUCUGGUUAGAGGAGAUGUUGAAGAAGUUCGAGCGAAUUCUUGUUGUGGUUUCACAUUCCCAGGAUUUCCUGAACGGAGUAUGCACCAACAUCAUACAUAUGCAGAGUAAGAAGAUAAAGCUCUACUCUGGAAAUUUCGACCAGUAUUGCCAAACCAGAUCUGAACUUGAGGAGAACCAGAUGAAACAAUACAAGUGGGAGCAGGAGCAGAUAGCUUCAAUGAAGGAAUACAUUGCACGGUUUGGUCAUGGAUCUGCUAAGCUUGCGCGUCAGGCCCAGAGUAAAGAGAAAACUUUGGCAAAGAUGGAGCGUGGAGGUCUUACAGAGAAGGUGGCCCGGGAUAAGGUCCUUGUUUUCAGAUUUACUGAUGUUGGAAAGCUCCCUCCUCCUGUUCUUCAGUUUGUGGAAGUGAAAUUUGGCUACACUCCUGAUAAUCUCAUCUACAAGAAUGUUGAUUUUGGUGUUGACCUUGAUUCGAGAGUGGCACUGGUGGGACCUAAUGGUGCUGGGAAAAGCACCCUGCUAAAGCUGAUGACAGGGGAUUUGGUUCCUCAGGAUGGCAUGGUUCGUCGCCAUAACCACUUGAGGAUCGCACAGUUCCAUCAGCAUUUGGCUGAGAAACUUGAUGUGGAAAUGUCAGCCCUCCAGUAUAUGAUGAGGGAGUAUCCCGGACAUGAAGAAGAGAAGAUGAGAGCCAUAGUUGGAAGGUUUGGGCUCACCGGCAAAGCACAAGUGAUGUCUAUGAAGAACUUGUCUGAUGGGCAAAGGAGCCGUGUGAUCUUUGCAUGGCUAGCUUGGAGGCAACCGCACAUGCUACUGCUGGAUGAGCCAACUAACCAUCUGGAUAUUGAGACGAUUGACUCACUGGCGGAGGCACUUAAUGAAUGGGAUGGUGGGUUGGUUCUUGUUAGCCACGAUUUCAGGCUGAUAAACCAGGUCGCGAAAGAGAUAUGGGUUUGCGAGAAUCAGGCCGUGACUCGGUGGGAGGGAGACAUCAUGGACUUCAAGCGGCACCUAAGGGCGAGAGCCGGCUUGUUGGACUGAGGUGAGAUGGUAGUGUAUGAGGCAGAGCACAGGCAGAGCUAGUUUUCCUCGCAUAGCUAUGGUGUGCUCGGGCGGGUAUUCUGUCCGGUGAUGAUGCCUGUGUAAGUCGCGCAUUAGGUGAGGUAGAUGUGAAAUGGGUGCUGGCUGCUAUAUUCUGUGUCAUGCCCUGGCGUCCAAGAGGCGGAGGUGGCUUCUCCCCCUCCACUAAUAUUUUGAUUAUUAUGCGUGUUCUAUAAAUUUUGAUGUACUGAAUUUCCAUUAUCAUCCUUGAGAGUUGAGACCAUUACUGUUUUAUUCUACUUGUAUUUUUCUUAAUAAACAUAUAAUGACUGCCAACUUAUGGUUUUUUUUAUGCGUUGUUGAGGAUUUGGAAUAUUCUGUUUGAAUACGACUGCUAUUACUGUUUAAAA